UCUCUCUCUAAAAACCUGUAAAUCUCAUUCACUGGUCCCCUGAAUCUCGCCGGAGAAGACCGAUUACCUGUUUUGAUCACCGGAAAAGCAACAGAUUCUGAAAAGAAAACGAUGAGUAUGAUCCGAUCAAUGUAUAGAUGUUUCGGCCGACGAGGAGGCGACGGUCUCAUGUGGCAAAUGGAAUUGAAACCACAUGCUUCAGGCGAUUUCUCCAUCGCCGUUGUUCAAGCCAAUUCUAGCCUUGAGGAUCAGAGUCAAGUCUUCACUUCGCCGUCGGCUACUUACGUUGGUGUUUACGACGGCCAUGGCGGUCCAGAAGCUUCUCGUUUCGUUAAUCGACAUCUCUUACCAUAUCUUCAAAAAUUUUCGAGUGAGCAAGGAGGAUUAUCAGCUGAUGUGAUUAAGAAAGCAUUUCACGCAACAGAAGAGGAUUUUCUUCAUCUAGUGAAGAGAUCUUUUCCAGUACGACCGCGAAUUGCUUCAGUUGGAUCAUGUUGUCUAGUAGGUGCUAUUGCAAACAAUGUUUUAUACGUAGCGAAUCUAGGUGAUUCGAGAGCUGUUCUUGGCAGAAGAUCUCCCGGUAAGGUUGUUGCUGAACGAUUGUCAAAUGAUCAUAAUGUAGCUUAUGAGGAGGUGAGGAAGGAGGUGAAGGAACUUCAUCCUGAUGAUUCCGCCAUCGUUGUUUAUUGUCGUGGAGUUUGGAGAAUCAAAGGGAUAAUUCAGGUAUCAAGAUCGAUAGGAGAUGUUUAUUUGAAGAAACCUGAGUAUCAUCCAUUUGGUAAUAUUGGUCCAAUGAGACGACCAGCAUUAUCUGCAGAACCUUCAAUUCACAUUAGAGAGUUGAGAUCUGAUGAUCUAUUUCUGAUAUUUGCAUCUGAUGGACUUUGGGAACAUUUAACUGAUGAAGAAGCUGUAGAAAUUGUAUACACUAGCCCGAGAUCUGGAGUAGCGAAAAGAUUGGUUGGGGCGGCACUUCAAGGAGCGGCAAAGAAGAGAGAAAUAAGUUACGACGAUAUAAAGAAACUCGAGAAAGGGGUAAGACGUCAUUUUCACGAUGAUAUCACUGUGAUUGUCAUGUACCUUGAUAAUCAAGAUCAAGAUCUUUUUUCUCCUUCUAAUAGAAAAUCUAAUAAGAAAGGCAUCUUUACUAGCCCUCCCAUGGAUAUUUACUCAAACACUUAAGUUGAAAGUGAAUAGUUUGAACAUGUGAGGUUGAGGUCUCAAGUUCGAUUCUUACUUAAACACCGAGUGAUAGUAGAGUCAUGACUGUUGGAUGAUACUAUUACUACCUCAAAAAAAAACAUAGUGAAAGAAUUUACAAUGUGAGGAGAAAUUUAUUGAUGGUGUAAAUAGGGUUUUGAGGAGCUUGAAUACUCAAAUUACUAUUUAAACUUCUAGUUGGAAUGUUUUGUUUUUAUUUUUAAUUUUGGUUGUUGUGAAAUAUUUGCUUGACUAAAUCUAUCACUUAGUUUUAAAGUAUU